GUCCCUGUAAGACACAGUCAGACAAUACAGUGGCGUGUGUGGAUUUUAGAGAUAUUUGGAAGGAUCCUGAAAGAAAAAUGCAUUGCUGGGUGUCGUGAGGAUACAUGGGAUAAAUAGGGGAAAGCAGCACGGAGUUUAGCUGGACGGCUCGUGCGUUGGUUGGCCACGCCCACUCGCCGUAGCUACACAUUAAUUAGCGCGACUUCUGAAAACUGAUGCUGAUGGUGAAAAAUGGCUUUAUUGAGGAACAUCAAUCGUGGGCUCCUUAUUCUGCUCGUCCUGGUGACUUUUGCUCUCCUGUACAACAAGACCAGACUACAGAUGCUGCCCAAUUAUUCAGUGCUCAAGAUAGGUGAGACCAAAAUGGGUAUGGAGGACGAGAAAGAGAUGGACACCGACAUCCCUGUGGUGAUCUGUGCUUCAGAGGAGCGUAUUGGUGCUUCCAUGGCCACCAUCAACAGUGUCUACAGCAACAGUCGUGCUAGUGUUUUCUUCUAUAUAGUUACCCUGCGAGAUGCCAUCAAAAAGAUAAGGGAAUACAUAGAGAAGACCAAGCUCAGAAAAAUCCGAUACAAGAUCCUGGAGUUCAAUCCGAUGGUAUUGAAGGGGAAAGUCAAUCCGGACUCGUCCAGACCAGAACUGCUGCACCCUCUAAACUUUGUGAGGUUCUACUUGCCACUUCUUGCCAUUGAAAAUCACGAGCGGAUCGUUUACUUAGACGAUGAUGUCAUAGUACAAGGAGACAUAAAGGAACUGUAUGACAUAAAGCUGAAACCAGGUCAUGCUGCUGCGUUCGCCUCAGACUGUGAUCUGCCCUCCACACACGAGAUGGUGCGCAGUGUGGGGAUGCAGACAACCUAUAUGGGCUUUCUGGACUACCGCAAAGAGGAAGUCAGAGAGUUGGGCAUCAACCCUAGCGACUGCUCCUUUAAUCCUGGUGUUUUUGUGGCAGACGUCGGUGAAUGGAAACAGCAAAAGAUAACUAAACAGCUUGAGAAAUGGAUGGCUAAGAAUGUCAGGGAGAACCUGUACAGCAGUGCUGUGGCAGGGGGUGUGGCCACCCCUCCAAUGCUGAUCGUCUUUCAUGAUAAAUACACAACCAUUGAUCCACUGUGGCAUGUCAGACACCUGGGCUGGAGUCCUGAUGCCCGUUAUCCCAGGUCCUUCCUCAAAGAGGCACACUUACUGCACUGGAAUGGCCACUUCAAGCCCUGGGACUACCCCUGCGUUCAUCUGGACCUCUGGGAGAAAUGGUUUAUCCCAGACCCCACAGGAACAUUCACCCUGGUACGACCACAAGACUGAACAAUCUCUGAAUUUAAACUGUCACUUCACUGAGACGAGAUUGGAGUUGCCGAUUUAUGUCAGACAAUAGUUCAGUAACUAAAUCAUACAAAGAUAAACUAAACCCAACAAACAAGCCUGUUAUUUUAAAGGGAGUCUGUAAAAUGGGUAAAACAAGGCAACGAUGAGGUAAAAGACGAAUCCCACACAAGAAUCCUUUUCCGGAAACAUUUAAUAGUUCUGUGGACAGGAGUCAGCACUCCACAACUGGGUCAGUUAAAUAUUAACAAAUUUACAAUCAUGGAGGAAUGUAAAAAAAGAAAAGAUCAAAACACAAAACGCAACGCCUUUAAAAAAACAGUUCCUAUCCCCCAACCCACCCACACAGAGAAAAGUCAAUCAGCAUCUUCACUCUGCAUCAGUCCGACACCCCGUCACUCUUAGAUUUACAGCUCAUCUUUGUCUUUGACUUCCUGAAACACAGAAGUACGGGUGUUAAGACAAAUGAAGACACAAGGAACAGCAUCUUAAACAAGGACAGUUCUUCCAUUUACCCACCCUCAUGUAGUUUCAAACCAUUUAACGGUUACACUUCAUUUCGAUAGUCCAUGCACGCGUUUUGGAUUGCACACGUUUGGUUUUGGUUCUAAACUUGCAUGGUAGAGUAUAAAAAUGCAACUGUACUGCGCAUGUCAAAUGCACCCAUCCACGGUUGAAUAUACUUUGAAAGCGGAGCAGACACCACUGUGAGCGAGACCGAGCCAAAUGUGGAUAAUGAAGUAUAUCCAGGCCUUUAGUAGACCGACUGCUUAACUGCCAACACCAUUUAGAUUAUCACCAACGUCAACUUAUUCUACAAACCCUAAACCAAACCUAGUCUACAAAUACUCAGAAUUAGUUGAAAUGUAGUUACAAAGUUACAUCUUAAGUAGUCUAAAGUAAUGGUUAAAGUGGACUAUCAAAAUAAAAUGUAACUAAUAAAUUCCCCAUUUGCAUUUCUUGAAAGAUACAAUUUUGGAACAUGUAUUAAGCGAGUUUUCACUCACCGAAUCUUCUUCCUCAUCUGCCUGGACCUCCUCUUCAUCCUCAGCAUCUGCUUCCUCAGUCUGUUCUUCUGGUUCUUCCUCUGGCUCCUCCUCAACCUGUGAACACGGUAACAGGAUAUUGAGCCAAACUUCAUUUGAACAUCUCCCAUUUCGCGUACCAGUGCUCGAUUGUGCAUGUACCUGUGUGUCGAGGUCUACAUUCAUGCUGAGCCGCAGCAUGCGCUCUAUUCUUUCUCCAUAAGCUUUGGUGUCGGAGAGCUGGUAGCCGGAUCGCAG